CUCCUUCCAUGGCGUCCAGCUAAACUUUAAUAAUGAGAAAAGUUUGGAAUAAUCAAGAGCAAAAUUUCCCAACCGGCCUUCUGUCCUUACUCUGUCUUUCAGAGCACGCUGUUUUUCCGCAGAUUGUGUUAUCAGGGCUUGGCAUUGCUGCACACUGGAACAGCUGAUAGGAGGAGUCAGCUCAACUGAAAAUUAACCUUUUAUAAGCUUCAAAAGAACCUACACAACACCCAAACAGCCUCUUAUUUACAACUGACAGGCUACCAGAUGUGUAAUUUCUUUGAGACGUGCGUGGAGCAGCGUGUUGUCACCUAGCAGUUUGUGGCGAGAGGACAGCAGGUCAUUGUAACAAACAGUUAUGUGUCUCCACCAGGUGGACUUUUUCCAGUGAAAGCCUCUUCUAAAUGUGCUCAACGGCCAACUAUGUUCUCCCAUUGAGGAGAACCUGUGAGGUGGUGGCUACUCCAGGCAGGCUGUGCGGGGGGCUGCCCAUGCCUGCUAAUUUUAAUGGAGUCAGGCCUCAUGGACCGCCACAGGACAUGGAGAUGGACAUGGCUUGGCAGGAGUUGAUGGCCAUCACUGAGCUCCAGGAAUUCGAAGUCCAAAGUGGAAACUCCUAUGAAGCUGCACAUUAUCAACCCAUGCAGCCUAUGGCCCCCGCUGGAGAGUUUGGGAUGACUCAAUCCCAUUCAGAACCUCCUGCUGCUGCUGCUGCCUGCGAGCUGAGCACUGCUGACACUUACGAGGGAUGCUACUCUGAAGAAGUUCCUGCUUGCCAUCGUCUCAACAACAACACAGAUGCGGUGUAUGGAAAUGCAGAUUCACAGCUGCCUCACAGAAUGCUUCCCAUCACCUCCCACGCUCAGCCGUCUCUUAUAAACAUGGCAGGUACCGCUCAGUGUCAUAUAAGGCCGAACGCCAGCAUCUCUCAGGGUUUAAGUCGACACAUGCUGUGGACUACGCUGGGGCAAAACGCCCAUGUUCGCUCUGGGGAUGAUCUGGAAUCAGAUUCGGGUCUCUCACUGGGAUCCAGCCCAGUCACUUCUUCUCCAGAUAAUCCUGCCGGGGGCGGACCAGGUUACCAAAAUGUUGAUAUGGGAACACAAUAUAGUGAUUGUGAACCAGAAAGCAUGACCGAGCAUGGAAGAAGAGGCCACAUACAUUAUCCAAUGGACUAUCAGAGUCAAACUCUCCCAUAUCUACACUCAGGUGGACACACACCUUACUUUUCACCUCAACCCAGUUACCCUCACUCACAAACUUGUUCUAUGAAUCCUCGACCUCUGAAGCAGCCCGUUACCGCUGACCUGUACGGCAAUGCAACAGUGACCAGCAGAGGGAGCUCAUACAGCAUGCACACAAAGUCACAAGGCAGCAGCUCCACUCCUGCUCCUCUGAGCAGAGAUGAGCGCAAGGCUGUGGCUCUGAAGAUUCCCUUCCCCUUGGAUAAGAUCAUCAAUCUCCCUGUGGAUGACUUCAAUGAGCUCCUGACACAGUACACUUUGACAGACACUCAACUCGCACUGGUCAGAGACAUUAGGCGCAGAGGAAAGAACAAGGUGGCGGCCCAGAACUGCAGGAAGAGGAAGCUGGAGAGCAUUGUUCACCUGGAGAGAGAGCUGAACCACCUGCAGGCCCAAAGAGAACAUCUGGCACAGGAGCGGCUGGAGUUCCAACGUAGCUUGACUUUCAUCAAGUGCCGACUCACAGACCUCUACAGGGAAGUUUUCUCUCAUUUACGAGACGAAGAUGGCCAGCCUUACUCCACAGAUGAAUAUUCUUUACAACAAACUCCUGAUGGAAGUAUUUAUUUGGUACCUCAUUCAAUGGAUAAGAGAGACCAGUGUUAGUCCAGCAAGUGGACUAAACAACUUGCUUGUGAUUUUUGCAACAGUUUGAGUAAAAACUUGCCAAAUGUAACGGUAAACAUUUUCUGCCCCUUAAAAAUGAUUGAAACCAAACCAUUUAAAAUGU